GAGGACACUACUUUCUCAAAAUUUCCCGAGUUUUCGUAUUUUCCCGGGAAAGUCGUCCAAUUUCUGUCGAAUAAACCCAACCAGAAAAGGGACUUGCAAUGUCCUUGCUGUGCAAUACCGGCGAUUGGUUCACGCUGGGCCAUGGAAACUCCUACAGGAAAAUCGACCUCUACACCAUGGACUGGCCGGCCAACAUCAAUUUGGAAAAUAUGGCCGUUCACGCCGCUCCGUAUGGAGGUCCAAUUGCAUUGGUUAGAGAUUCCAAGCAGUUCCUGAAGGUGUCGGGCGGCGAAUCUGCCAAACCGGUCAUUCGGAUUUUCAACUGCUUCGGGAAGUUGACCUCAACGAUUAACUGGGAUAAUGGCAACAGCGGAAAACUGAUUUGCAUGGGUUGGUCCGAUUCCGAGGAAUUCCUCUGUGUUCAGAGCGAUGGCUCCGUGUGGCGAUACGAUAUGUUUGGGAACUUUCAGCACAAGUUCAGCAUGGGGAAUGAUGUGACGGAGGUGUUUGAUGCGAAGAUUUUCGCUUCCAGUUCGGGGACGGGAAUUGCGGUGCUGACGGCCAGCCACAAAAUCUACAUCGUAAACAGUGUUAUGGAUCCAAAGUUGCGUCCGCUGUCGGAAUUGCUGACCCUUUCCAGCGACCUCACCUGCUGGGAAUUGGUUUCCAUGGAACGCAAUACCUGCUGCCUGCUCGCUCGCGGAACGGACGUAAUCCUGGCACGACACGGCGAUAGUGCCCCUGUUACCCAUACUUUGACUAUGAAGAGCGAAUAUACCAGUAUCAUGGCCAUGGCUGUUUCGUUCAACCAUCGGCAUUUGGCGAUCUAUACCAACGCUGGUGCCAUGUGGCUGGGAUCGGCCGAUCUACGUACCAAGUAUUGUGAGUUUGCCACCGGUCGUACAGAGCGGCCGCAUCAGAUUGCCUGGUGCUGCGAUGAAGAUCCCCAUCCGGAUCGUCAGGCAGUUAUCGUUAGCUACGCGUCGAUGGUUCUCGUCGUCGGGAUGACGGGCGAUUCCAACAUCUACACGUACGAUUCGCCUAUGGUGCUGAUUCCGGAUAUGGACGCCGUUCGAGUCCUGACCAACGGCUACCAUGAACUGAUCCAGCGGGUGCCGAAAUGCACGAGUAACAUUUUCGGGAUUUCCAUCUCGGAGCCGGCGAGUUUCCUGUUCGAAGCACACAGAAAGUUCCAGGAACGUAGUCACCAGUCGGAUGAGUAUCUGUGCUUGAUUAAAAGCCUAGCUGACCUGGCGGCAGCGGUCGGGGAGUGUGUGGAAGCAGCCGGCCAGGAGUACGAUUCGCACACGCAGAAGAAUCUGAUCCGGGCGGCGCACUUCGGGAAGGGCUUCCUUUCGGGGUACAAUCCGGAGGGCUAUAUUGAAAUGUGCCGGGUGCUGAGGGUGUUGAAUGCCCUGCGUGAACCGAUCAUCGGGAUGCCGCUGACGCUGAGGCAAUUCAAUCAUCUGCAGCCGUUGGUCAUUUUGGAUCGGUUGAUUUUCCGCAAGCAUUAUGCGUUGGCGAUUCAGAUUGCGAAGCACCUGAAGUUUCCCGAGUCGCGUAUUCUGGAGCAUUGGGCAUUCCACAAGAUCGAGCACGAUAAGAACGACGAGGAAGUGGCCCGGAAAAUCUCCGACAAGUUCCACUCGCACCAGAUGGGCGAGCGCAUCUCGUUCGCCAACGUGGCCAAGAAAGCCCAGCAGAAGGGCCGGAACAAGCUGGCCAUCACCCUGCUGGAGCAGGAACCGCGCAAGAGUCUCCGGGUGCCGCUGCUGCUGGAGCUGGAAGCCAGCGAGAAGGCACUGAUAGCCGCUACCCAGUCGGGCGAUACCGAUCUGAUCUAUAUGGUGAUCCUGAAGAUGAAGAGCACGACGGCGCUGUCCAAGUUCCAGAUGAUCAUCCGGCGGUUUCCACUGGCGCAGGAUCUGUACAAGAAGUACUGCCAGGCGAACAGUUCCACGCUGAAAGAUAUCUACUCGCAGGAGGACGACUUCCAGUCGCAGGCUGAAUUAGGCCUGCGGGAAGCGCUGGAGAAUAACAACGUGCAGGUGUCGAUACCGGACAUCAGCGGAAACUACAAGAAAGCCAACCGGACGCUGGAGGUGGAUGCGUGCGAUGAGACGAAGAAGCUGAUGCAGCAUCAGAAGGCUCUAGAUGAGAAGUACCAAAAGCGACUGUACGGGCUGCCGUUGCACGAAACCAUUCGGCAGUUGUUGCUGUUGGGUGAUCUCAAGUACGCCGAUCGGUUGAGGAGUGAGUUCAAAGUUCCGGAACGGCGCUACUGGUGGCUGCGGGUGUCGGUUAUGGCCCAGCAGUUCCAGUGGGAAGAUUUGGAGAAGUUUGCCAAGGCGAAGAAGAGCCCCAUCGGGUAUGAACCGUUCGUGGAGGUUUGCCUGGGGCAGAGCAAUGUCGAGCAGGCGAAGAAGUACCUACCGAGGUGCAGCGAGGAGAACAAGUUCAAGUGGAAUCUGAAGGCGGGAUGUCUGCUGGAAGCGGCGAAGAUCGCCUACGAUCAGAAGGACAUCGAAGCUCUGUGGAGGGUUUAUGACCGCUGCUCGAAUGAUCCGACCCUGUCGGCGCGGGUCGAUGAUCUCAUCGGGCAGCUGUCGUCGAAGAAGUGAAUUCCGAGAAUGGUUAGGUGAUGAAAUUGAUAUUUGCAAGGUAAGUUGUCGUAUUUAAUACAUGUAAGCGGAAAAUGAGCAGUUAA